AUGGAUCCCAAGAUAUUCCUGGCAGAAAAUGUGCUGAAUGAGCGCCAGACAAUCACCUAUCGCUCAUUGAGCCGCGCGCUGAAAGUUCACGCCAAUCGUGCUAAACAGAUCCUUUUUGAAUUCCAUCGAAAUGAAAACGCAAAGACACCACAGACUGUGCACGCAACCUACGUUAUCUCCGGUAUUCAAGAGCAAUCUACGAUCAAUGGCAAUGGCAAUGCGAACAAGGAUGACGAGGUCCCACCAAGCAGUCCCUAUCUCCCUAGUUCAAUGCCAAAUCAAGAUUCUUCAUCUGAAUCAGUGCGCAUUUCCUCGAUCAUACUAGCCCGGGAGGAAGAUUUGGAGGAUGCGAAAGCUACCUUCCAGUCUAUCUCUAAAAUUCAUAUCUAUAGCAUCCAGUCCACGGUGAUCCAAGAUCUCAACACAUUGACAGAUGCGGCCGAGGAAACUGCCAAGGUGCAUGCGCAAGAAGAUCCCCUCGAGUGUGGAAAGCAAUGGGGCAUGAUUCAGAAUCACAAUGUCAAGCGGAGAACCGGGACACGCCCACCCCCGCCGCCAGAAGUCCCUGUACCCAAGAAAUCAGAGCCAAUUGCCAAGAAACCUGAAUCGACUGUUCCUGCCAAGAGACCUCUUCAAAAAGAGAGUGUGAAGUCGGAUAUUAAGGCAGAAGAGCCCAAAUCACAACCCUCUGCUAGUGGUACUCAAUCAUCAGUCAACACGUCUACCAAAACAGUACCCCCGAAGCAGAAGGGCAACCUCUUCAGCUCUUUUGCGAAGGCAAAGCCGAAGUCCAAGCCAACUGCGCCUUUAGAAGAUGUGGUCAUGGAUGAUGCCUCUGAGGAAGAGCAAGAGGAGUUGUUCCCAGAUUCAGCUGACAAGGACAAAGACCAAGCUAGUCGCGAAAGCAAGAGAGAGCGCGAAGAUAAAUUAAGAAAGAUGAUGGAAGAUGAUGAAGCCGAUGAUGAGGAAAUGCCCGACGCCGAUGAAGAACCAGAGCGCGAACCGACUCCUAUGGAACAGUUGCCGCCUCCUAAACCAGUCGAGUUGAAGGAGGAGAUAUCGGUGCAAGGAGGACGUCGCCGCGGCAGACGACAAGUCAUGAAGAAGCGCACAGUCAAGGAUGAAGAGGGUUACCUAGUGACUAGAGAAGAGCCUUCAUGGGAAUCAUUCUCCGAGGAUGAACCAGCACCGGUCAAGAAGAAGCCAGCAGUUAAUGUGCCCAAAGCCAAGGGAGGAAAACCUGGCCAGGGCAAUAUCAUGUCAUUCUUUGGCAAAAAGUAA